CCAUUAACCUGUUCUUUCGCAUUCUUGUACUGUGAAUUCAUUUCUCAACACGAUCAGAUAUGAAUUUCUGUGACUGUUUUUACAAGGCAUGUUCCAGUAGCCUUCACAGUCCUCAAGUCUGGUACGCAAUACUUUGAGAAAGAUUCGUUUUUCAUUAACCGACAGGAAAGAUCCGGAUAGUGACAGGAACGAAGUUGAUGAUCGAUCUGACUUGCAGGUGUUUUGUCAUGCAGACACCUUCUGUAUUUGAUGUUCGUUCGCAGAGAUCCGAACAAUCCUGUAGAUACCAAGAAAUCUUUGUAAGGUUGCAACUCUGAUUCGACAGAAGCAUUGAGUGUUGUUUCAGCGAUCUGAUUGUGGGCAGUGUGAUAGCCAAAAAGGUGAUUCCAGUCUCUUUCCAAAUCUUCAACUCACUCCUCUGGUUUUUAUGGAAUAGAAUGUCACCAAGAAAGGUCGAGACGGAUUCCACUUUGCUGCUCCUAAACGGUUGUUACUGCUUAGCUCCCAAGUUCAUGGAUCCCAACUCCGGCAAGAUCUAUAGGGACGGACAUGGCAAAAAGUUUGCUCCGCUCCCAAUGAACCCAGAAGUGAGGAUUCGCUCGUUGGCUACUCUUUGGCCCUGACUUGAAAAUGAGGUUUUUAAACGGCUCGUUCCUCUCCCCAAGGGUUGGAUGCCCUUCAAGGCAAGUGACUGGAAGGACACGAAGAAGAAAGCACAGA